CGCGUCCCGCUGGACAGGAGAGAGCGGCCGCCGCGGGAUGUCCCCCGCGGCCGGCCGGCCCGGGAGCCGGUCUGGCGGGAUGUCUCGGACUCCGAAGGUAAUUUUGAGACCCCUGAAGCAGAAACGCCGACCUGCUCGCCACUAAAGGAGUUCUGCGAGCCGCCGCCGGGAUCGCCGGAGCCCGAGGCCGGCACCCAAGGAGCCCCGGCGGGCAGAGCCGCCCGGGAGCGCAUCAUGUCAGGAGGGGACGCCGGCACGGGGCUGGUGGAGCCGAAGGCCGAUGCCCUGUGCCGGGAGUGCUCGCCCAGCCGGGGCCAGAGCGGGAAAGAGAAACCACCUUCGCUGGGCAGGAAGGCAGAAGAAAGCACAGAGGAGACGCCGGUGCCCCAAGCAUCCUACCGGUUCGACCCCGAGCAGUACGACGAGAGUGUAAACCCCUUUGUGGCAGGGGGCUGUCGCCUGCAGAGCUCCCCCCCGGCAGCCGCGCCGCCUCCCAUGGCAAAGGUGCCCUUCUCCUUGGGACAGCGUUUGCGUCUGGCAGAUUGCCCCGGUGCGCUCCUGCGGGCAAAGCAGAGCUCGCUGGCGGGGCUGUCUCAGGAUGAAGGAGCGUUGAUCUCAGAAAUCCCAGAUAUUGCAAAUCGGGAUGGACACGCCACUGAUGAGGAAAAGUUGGCCUCCACCACCUCCGCGCAGAAACCGGCCGGGCUGGAGAAGAAGGGCGAGCCAGAAGAUGACCUGGAGUACUUUGAGUGCUCGAACGUUCCCGUGCCGGUGGCAAAGCAUGGCACGGAGGCAGGCUUUGAAAAGGAGAUGUCCAAGCAGAUGGAAAAGGAUGGGCCGGGCAUCUUCCCUGGCAAUCCCGGGCUGUGCUCCGUGGACAAACCCCCCACGGCUGUCACCGGCGUGAGCAGGAGCGAGAGUCCCCUGGGCGGCAUUUGCCUCAGUGAAUCCGAGAAGACGGCGGUGCUCACGCUCAUCAGAGAGGAGAUAAUCACAAAGGAGAUCGAAGCGAACGCGUGGAAGAAGAAAUACGAAGAGAGCCGCCAGGAAGUGUUAGAGAUGAGGAAAAUCGUGGCUGAGUAUGAGAAGACCAUUGCCCAGAUGAUAGAGGAUGAGCAGAGGACAAACAUGACGUCUCAGAAGAACCUGCAGCAGCUCACGAUGGAAAAGGACCAGGCUCUGGCAGACCUAAACUCGGUGGAGAGGUCCCUGUCGGAUCUCUUCAGGAGAUAUGAGAACCUGAAGGGUGUCCUGGAAGGCUUUAAGAAGAAUGAAGAAGCGCUGAAGAAGUGUGCUCAAGAUUAUUUGACCCGGGUCAAGCAGGAAGAGCAGCGGUAUCAGGCCCUGAAAGUCCACGCAGAGGAAAAAUUAGACAAAGCCAACGAGGAGAUCGCCCAGGUGCGCACGAAGGCCAAAGCGGAGAGCGCGGCGCUGCACGCGGGGCUGCGCAAGGAGCAGAUGAAGGUGGAGUCCCUGGAGAGAGCCCUCCAGCAGAAGAACCAGGAGAUUGAGGAGCUGACCAAGAUCUGCGACGAGCUGAUAGCCAAGCUGGGAAAGACGGACUGAGUCUCGCCGCCCCUCGUCCAGCACUCUGCACUUGGCCGCUUUUCUCCUCACGUCGAGCACCUUGCCUUAUCGCCCCGGAACCCCCCAGCAGAGAAGCACACGCGU